CUUUUCUGUUUUCCAUGUAAGGAAGGCUCAUAGAGAGUGCGAAGAAAACCCAUCAUGGGAGCGCUUCCAAUGCUACAUCUCCUCCUGCCAAUCUUGGCAAUGCUCACCUUUCCCAUGACCCAACUCAAGCCUGUGGCUGCUCAGCGACUCUACGCCGAUUCCCGGUGGAUUGUCGAUGAGACCGGGAGACGGGUGAAGCUCACGUGCGUGAACUGGCCGGCGCACCUAAAGCCGUUGCUGGCCGAGGGGCUGAGCGAGCGGCCGGCCGACGCGAUCGCCAAGAAGAUUAGAGAAAUGGGGUUCAACUGCGUGAGGCUCACGUGGGCCCUUGAAUUGCCGAUGAAUGAGACACUUGCUUCUCUUACCGUGGAGCGAUCGUUCCAGAACCUCGGACUGUCAGAAGCUCUCGUCGGCAUUAAGUCCAACAACCCCUCCCUUGUUAAUCUUCCUCUAAUGGAAGCCUACAAGUCCAUGAUGACAAGCCUUAGAAACAAUAAAGUGAUGGUUAUACUCGACAAUCAUUUAACCACGCCGGGUUGGUGCUGCAGCGCGGACGACGGCAAUGGCUUUUUUGGCGACAAGUACUUCGACCCACAAGUUUGGAUCCAAGGUCUGCACAAGAUGGCGACGAUGGCCACCGGUUUUAGCAAUGUGAUCGGCAUGAGCUUGAGGAACGAGCUUCGCGGUCCUAGACAAAAUGUGGAUGAUUGGUACAAGUAUAUGCAAGAAGGUGCGAAAACCGUGCACGCGGCUAACCCUAACGUUCUCGUCAUCCUCUCCGGCCUCAAUUACGACAAGGACCUUUCCUUUCUCCGGAACAGGCCUGUCAGCCUCUCUUUCACAAAGAAACUGGUGUUCGAGAUGCACUGGUACGGGUUCACCAACGGCCAGGCAUGGCAAUCUGGGAAUCCGAACGACGUGUGCGGAGCAGUGUCGAACGACGUGAUGGGCCAGUCCAUGUUCUUGCUGGAACAAGGAUAUCCUUUGUUUGUGAGCGAGUUCGGCAUCGAUGAAAGAGGAAUCAAUGUGAAUGAUAAUAGGUACUUCAAUUGCUUCAUGGCCAUGGCCGCUGAAUUUGACUGGGACUCUGCGUUGUGGAGCCUUCAAGGGAGUUACUACUUGAGGCAAGGAGUGGUAGGGAUGGAGGAGUACUACGGAUUGUUCAACUACGAUUGGUCCGGCGUUCGGAACUCGACCUUCCUGCGAAGAAUAUCGGCCCUUCAAUCACCCUUCCAGGGACCAGGAGGGAAACCGACAGUUGCUCACAAGGUCAUAUUCCACCCCUUGACCGGCCUGUGCAUACUGAGGCGAUCGCGGUCCUCGCUGCUAGUGUUGGGUCCGUGCGAAUACUCGGAGCCGUGGAACUACACGCCGCAGAACGCGCUGCAGCUCGUGGGGAAGCUUCUGUAUUUGCGAGCCGUCGAGCUGGGGAGUCCGGCGAGCCUGGGAAUGACCCCGACCGACCCCGGCGUGAAGUGGGAGAUGAUAUCGGCCUCCAGGAUGCAUCUGUCGUCCAAGGCCAGAGACGGGAGCACCGUUUGCUUGGGCGUAAGCGCUGGCAACACCGUGGUGGUCGAGGCCUGCAAGUGCCUGAGCGACGACAGCUCCUGCGAUCCGGCAAGCCAGUGGUUCAAGCUGGUGGACAGAACCCGGCUCUGAAAAAAAAAAAAAAAAAAAAACAAAAAUUUCCAAAUUUGGAUAAUUUUACUGUGCAAGAAGAAUAGAAUUCUGCUGGUUUUCUUUUCUUUUUGUUCAAUAAUCUAUGUGGUGGUUCCUGCUUUAUGUGGACCUUGAAGAUUUUUAAAGAGUAUGCUGGUUGGUGGGAGUCAGUGACUUGAGGUUGAGGUUGUCCCAU